AUGGACACGUCGUCAACCCUCGCGACGAGCGCCACCCCGACAAUUCCCGCCGAACAGCUUGCCGCACUUACAUCGCUGCUGUCGGGACUCACCGCUGCCGCUUCCGGCACUACCGCACCCGCCACGACAUCCGGCUCCAAUCGCAAUGCCUUCCCGAAGCAUGCGCGGUUGGACGGGCCGAAGACGUUCGCGAACUGGACACGCCAGCUUCGCCUGUGCCUAGCGGACGACAUCCGCUCCUACGUCCUCGACGGAAUCACCCCCGACGAUUGGACGCCUUCGCAACGCUCCGCCCGCGACGUCGUGGCACGCGAGAUCCUUGCAAACUCAAUCGACUCGGCCGAAGUCUCGGCAGUCCUCGACAAGAUCCCUACGGCCGACCUCACAGCGCCCAAGAUUUACUCGACGCUGAAAUCGCGAUACGCCCCUGAUGACGCCACUCGCACGCUCGAGCUCUUCUCGCGACUCUGGGGCUUCCGACCCAUGCCCGGAACGGUUGGCGAAUUUGACAGUUGGAUCAUGGACUUCAAGUCGGUCGCGCAAGAGAUCAUCGAUACGAAAACGACGAUCAACGACGUCCUUGCCACACUCCUCCUCGCGAUCGCCCACCCGUCACUCGAGAGCUUCAAGGCAACGUUCACCGACGAACAACGCACGCAACGAACUCUCCCUGACAUCGAUUCAGUGGCCGACCGUAUGCGAGUUCAACUCCGGUCAACGAACCUCUCCAACGAUCAAUCGGCCCUCCUUGCCUCGUCGUCGCCACGUUCUACCCGUACCAAGUGCCUCGCCUGUCGCAGCCCUUCUCACCGCGUCGCACAAUGCCCUACAAGGGCCCAGCAUCCACCGCCAGGCCCGUGUCGCUCCUGCAAGAAGAAGGACCACUGGUCUUUCGACUGCAAAAAGGCUCUUGAGGACGGGAAAACGCCCGACACCUCUGAUGCGCAACACCAUGUCGGAUGUCUCGCCACCGGUCUUCUCGCACAUCGUCGUCAGCUUCGCAACAACUCCUUCGUCGUCGACUCGGGUGCCACUUCGCACAUGGUCUCGGACAAGUCGCUGUUCACGGCCUAUCGCCACAUCGCUCCUACGAAGAUUGGUGGUAUUGCAGGGGGCAUCAACGCCGUCGGAACGGGAAACAUCGCCUUUGUUGCCGCCUCCGGUCACCCGAUCACGCUUACCGGCGUGCUGCACACCCCGGGCCUGUCUGUCAACCUCCUCUCGGUCUCUCGACUUUGCGACACCGACGAUGUCCGUGUCGCCUUCACGAAGCACGGCAUCCAUAUCGACAAGAACGGCAAUGCUAUCGCUGAAGGGCGCAAGACUCGAGGAAGGGCUCUACUUGCUGGACGCUGAUCAUUCCAAAUGUCAGCAUCUCGCUCUCCUCUCUCGCUCACAGUCUUCCGUGCCCCUGCUGACCCUUCACCGCUGCCUCGGCCAUCUCGCACCGUCGUCCAUACAGAAGAUGGUUGCCGCUGGUUUGCUGGAAGGUCUCGGGGCCGGAUAUAGUGACGAAGAGGUAGAGAAGUUUGUCUGCAAUGCUUGCCUCAGUGCAAAGGGCCAUCGUCUUCCUUUUCCCGAUUCGGACUCGCACUCCUCAGAGAGACUCGGCCUCGUACACAGCGAUGUGCUUUCCUUUCCCGAGUCGUCCUUGACUGGCAAGCGUUACCUGGUCACGUUUCUUGACGACUUCUCGCGCAAACUGUGGGCAUACGCGAUCGGACACAAAAGCGAAGUCUUUGGCGUGUUCAAGACAUGGCUUGCCGAGGUCGAACUCGAGACGGAUGCAAAACUGAAGGUCCUCCGAACCGACAAUGGUGGCGAAUACUGUUCGAGAGCGUUCACGGAAUUCUGUAAGGCACGCGGCACACGUCGACAAUACUCUAUCCCUCGAACGCCUCAACAGAACGGUCGUGCCGAACGAGUCAAUCGUUCUAUCGUCGAAGGUGUCCUUGCCCUCCUUGCAGACGCCCACUUACCCAAAUCAUUCUGGGAGGAGGCAGCAGCUUAUUUCGUCUACUGCAAGAACCUGUGCGAACACUCGGCCCUGGACAAGGCAACACCGAACUUCGCCUGGCAGGGCGACCGCACCAACGCCUCGGCGCUUCACCCGUUCGGCUGCACGGCUUGGCUCACAGUCGCGCCUGAACUUCGCUCGAAACUCGACCCGAAAGCGGUUCGCGUUCUCUUCACCGGCUAUGACCUGGCUUCUAAAGCCUUCCGUUUCUACGACACGACGACCAAGAAGAUCAGUUUGGGCAGAAAUGCCAGGUUCCUCGACAACGAAUUUCCCGGGUUACGUAGCGACUCCACCGAGCAAGACGCCGACACGCACUUCGCCAGCGCUUGCCCGACCACCGAAUCCCAAGCCGUUGUCAAGACAUGGACCCCACUAGUAAGGUCGGCGCACAUGGACGUCUCAUCCUCUCUUGAUGACUCUGCCAUGAGCGCCGUUGACGUGGCCCCAGGGUACACUGGCGGAACCUUACUUAAUUCCACAGAUGCCGAAUCGUCCUCGUCACCGUCUCCUGAGCCGUCCUCGUCACCGUCGCCCGCAACUCCCUUGUCACCGUCGCCUGCGCUGUCACCGUCGUUGGCUGCGUCAUCGUCACCCUCGGCCUUACCGACCGACUCUGACUACUCCGCCGACCCUCUGGACCUCAUCGGCUCACAGACCCCGACUCGCCUCGGCCCACCGGACGUGCACCGCCCAGACUUCAGCACGUACCGUGAGCCCGCAUCGGCUGAGGAGUCGCCCGACGAACUCGACAUCAUUGGGCGCCACUCGCGCGAUGAAUCGCCGGACGAAAUCGAUUUCCUCACCCAACACCACCGCGCCUUCAUCGCCACCGACGACGACAACUCUGACACAGAAGCCAUUCAACCAGUCAAGUCCAUCACCAGCGACCCACAGACAUGGCGCGAGGCAAUGUCGAGUGACAAGCGCGAAGUGUGGGCCAAGGCCGCUACCGACGAGUUCAAUUCCAUGCGCGACGACUUCAAGGUCUUCACCAUCGAGGACCGAUCCACGGUACCAGCGGGUGCGACCAUCGUCACAUCCAAGUUCGUCUGGAAAACGAAACGGAAUGCACUCGGCGAAGUCACCGGCCACAAGGCACGGCUCGUGGCGCAGGGAAAUCGGCAACGCGACGGCAUCGACUUCAACGAAACCUUCGCACCAGUCGCACGCUUCUCCUCGAUACGCUCACUCCUCGCGCUGGCGGCCGCCAACGGCUUGCACGUGCACCAGGCGGACAUCGACAAAGCCUAUCUGCAUGGCGACCUUGACCAUGACAUCUGGAUGACGACACCGCGCGGCUUCGACCUUCCCACCGACAAGGUGCUUCGUCUGCGACGCUCCAUCUACGGACUCAAACAGGCUGGCCGAAUCUGGAAUCGACACAUCGACGCAUCGCUUCGAGAUCUCGGCUAUACGGCGACGGGCACCGACCACUGCGUGUACUCUCGGAUCGACGAUCGGCGACGCCCACACUACAUCGCGCUGUACGUCGACGACCUCCUGAUGAUCAGCCCCGACUUGGCCGAAAUUGAACGUGUCAUCUCGGGCCUCGAACAACGCUACGGCGUCAAGCGCCUCGGCCCGGCAGAGUACAUCCUCGGCAUCCAGAUCAGGCGACUCGAAGACGGUUCUAUUGCCCUGUCCCAGGAACGGUACAUCAUGGACGUGCUUGCUCGGUUCCACUUCGACACCACGACUCGCGGCACUACAGUCCCGAUGACCCCCGGCCUUUCGCUCACCGCCAUCCCGGGUCAAGGCACCGAACGGAUCAGGUCAUGGUAUCUGCAGGCUAUCGGCUCGCUCCUCUACAUUUCGCUCGGCACCCGCCCCGACAUCGCCUUCGCCGUGUCCUACCUGGCCCGCUUCGCCAACAACCCUGGACGUCGUCACUGGAUCGCGGUCAAGCACAUCCUCCGCUAUCUCCGGGCCACAUAUCGCGACGAACUGGUUUAUGCUUGCGGCGAGACACGCAUCACGGGCGUGGUUGGCUACUCCGACGCGAACUGGGGGGCCUGCGUCGAUACGUCGGUGUCCACUAUGGGCUACGUCUUCUACAUUGCCGGAUCCGCCGUGUCUUGGUCGUCCAAGCGUCAAUCUCGAGUUGCCGAUUCUACCACCGACGCUGAAUACCUCGCCCUCUCGCAUGCUGGCAAGGAAGGGAUCUACCUCAGUCAGCUGCUCGAGGAGCUCCAUGUCCAACCUGUUGCACCGGCUCACAUUUUUACUGACAAUGAAGCCGCUGCCGCAGUUGCCCACGACCCUGUCCGCGUCUCCGGCACUCGACACAUACGCUUGCGCGAGCACUUUGUUCGGGACAUGGUGAAUCGGGGCGAUAUCUCACUCUCGCAUGUGGGAACCAGCAACAUGGUGGCCGACAUCUUCACAAAGGCUCUUGGCCCAAAGAUUUUCUCGACACACUGCUACGCACUAGGCCUUCGCACUCGACACCCACGGCUUGGAUCUGCCUCGCAUUCGCGUGGGGGGGGGUGUGAAGAGUCCACUCUCAGCUCGACAGGGGCGCCUCGGUCGUUGCGCGCGCCUGCUAGCCUGGCCCCUGUGGUGGGGACUUAG